AUGGAAAAAAUUGGUACUUUGGAAUGCAAGUCUGUAAUCAGUGAGUUAACUCAAGGUAGGGAACUGGCAAACCAGCUUAAAAACCAACUUCAUCCUGCAAAAUCGCACGAGACCUGCGCGAUUUUAGUGGAGAAUAUACUCUCUUCCUAUGAAAAUGCUAUUUCAUUGCUAAAUUGUAGGGCUAUGUUUGGAGAAACUUCACCAGUUUCUGCUGCCAUUUUGGAGUCACCAUAUUCCCUUGCUGGUACUCCAACCAGUGAGGGCUCUAACCCUUUUUCCAAGGAUCAAAACCAAAGAGAUGUAUUCAAGAAAAGAAAGAUAUUGCCUAAAUGGAGUGAAGAAGUUCGUGUUUGCUCUGGGACUGGACUGGAAGGUCCUCUUGAUGAUGGAUAUAAUUGGAGAAAAUAUGGGCAGAAAGAUAUUUUAGGGGCUAAUUUCCCAAGGGCAUAUUACAGAUGCACUCAUCGUCAUACGCAAGGAUGUUUGGCCACGAAACAAGUCCAGAAAUCAGAUGAAGACCCCUCAAUUUUUGAGGUCAACUAUAGAGGAAGGCACACUUGUAUUCAAGAAAGGCUAAAGCUGAACAAAGAAGAUUAUAAUGUGAAGGAAGAAGACAGCAAUAAUAGACACGCAGAGGAGAUGGUGAUCAGCAACGAACCGGGCAUUAAACUUGAAACUCCAGAUUUGAAUCCUAAGGAGGAAAUGGAUCCUUCCUUCUCAUUUCCUUUGACUCCAAUUGUAUCUGAUGACGUGGAAACUGAAUUCUUGUUAGAGCCUGCCAAGGAUUGCAAUUUCAUGGAAAGUUAUACGUCUCCAUUUAUAUCCCCGGCCACAUCUGAGUGUAACUAUUUCUCGAAAUCGCUGUGCCAGAUGAACGACUUUUGGGUUGAUCACAACUUGCAAAGCUCAGAAUCAGAUUUUGCCGAUAUAAUCUCCACUCCAACUUCAGUCACCAAUUCCCCAUUCAGCUAUUGGGAUUUCACAGCUGAUCCGUUGGAGUUGGAUCUUAAUUUCCUUCUUGACACCUCUAAGUACUUCUAA